GCUUGCAGGAUGUUGCUGAACGGCUAGCAGCUGAGUUGGGAGAUAAUGUUCCUAUGUUGGCACAAGAAAAAGUACCAUCCCUUAUGAUGCCUCCAACCCCCAUUUUGUCUGGUGGAGAUUGGCCACUCCUGAGAGUCAUGAGAGGCAUAUUUGAGGGUGGCCUCGACAGUAUUGGCAGAGGUGGCCAUGAUGAAGAUGAGGAAGCUGCUGAUGCUGAUUGGGGUGAAGAACUUGACAUGGUAGAUGUUGAUGGUUUGCAAAAUGGGGAUAUAAGUGCAGUUCUUGAGGAUGGAGAGGUCCCCGAAGAACAUGAAGAGGAGGGAGGAUGGGAUCUUGAGGAUUUGGAGCUUCCUCCAGAGGCAGAUACUCCAAGGGCUUCUGUCAAUGCCCGCUCCUCUGUUUUUGUAGCCCCAACUCCUGGAAUGCCUGUGAGCCAAAUUUGGAUCCAGAGGUCGUCUCUUGCUGCUGAACAUGCAGCAGCUGGUAAUUUUGAUACUGCAAUGCGUUUGCUGAGCCGGCAAUUGGGAAUAAGAAACUUUGUUCCUUUGAGACCCAUGUUUCUUGACCUUCAUACUGGCAGUCAUACCUAUUUACGUGCAUAUUCAUCUGCUCCCGUAUUAUCUCUGGCAGUUGAACGUGGAUGGAAUGAGUCUGCUAGCCCAAAUGUGAGGGGACCUCCAGCACUCGUAUUCAAUUUCUCUCAAUUGGAGGAGAAACUCAAGGCUGCUUACAAAGCGACAACAGCUGGGAAAUUCACUGAGGCUCUUCGGCUGUUCCUUUCUAUCCUCCAUACAAUUCCAUUAAUUGUGGUUGAGUCAAGAAGGGAGGUAGAUGAAGUUAAAGAAUUGAUCAUUAUAGUGAAAGAAUAUGUCUUGGGUCUGCAGAUGGAGCUCAAGAGGAAGGAAAUGAAAGACAAUCCAGUGCGUCAACAGGAACUUGCAGCUUAUUUCACGCACUGCAACCUUCAAAUGCCUCAUCUAAGGCUUGCAUUGCAAAAUGCAAUGACUGUUUGUUACAAGUCCAAGAACCUUAAUACAGCUGCAAAUUUUGCCAGGCGGCUCCUGGAGACCAAUCCAACCAGUGAGAACCAAGGAAAGAUGGCUCGACAAGUGCUGCAGGCUGCUGAGAAGAACUUGAAAGAUGUUUCUGAGCUGAACUAUGAUUUCAGAAACCCAUUUGUCGUUUGUGGCGCUACUUAUGUACCCAUUUACCGAGGACAGAAAGAUGUCUCAUGCCCGUAUUGCAGUUCCCGGUUUGUGCCAAGCCAAGAAGGUCAACUCUGCACGGUUUGUGAUCUCGCAGUCGUUGGUGCAGAUGCUUCAGGUCUGCUUUGUUCUCCUUCCCAGAUAAGAUGAUUAAGCUGCUGAACAUGGAGCAUUUUUACACUAAUCCAGCUGUUCAUUUUGACGCGUUCGUCUUUGCAGACAAAGGUAAGAAAAUAUUGUUCAACAACAGUUUAAAACAAAAAUUUCCAUGAAACUGUCUCUGGUCCCCCCCCCCCCUCUCGCUGUCAUCCCGUUCUUCACCUGUUAUUUAGCUAUAAUUAUGAGUUUCAAUGUAAUAAACAAAUUUGAGAAUUUUGAGUUGGGGCUAUUCUUGUUAGCUGUUCAUAGGCAAGAAUGGCCUAGGUUCUUUGUUAAUUUGGACUUUGGUCCAUAGUUAAGGAGCCAUUUAUGGUGGCGUAUGCGAAUGUUGUCUAGGAAACAGUUUGUUAUUUUCUGCUGUGUUCGGUGUCUCUAUUGGUCAGUACUCAGUAGUAGUAGUACUAGUAGUAGUAGUAGUGAAAAGAACCGUUACCCAAUUACGGUCAGAGAUUUCAGAUCUUUCUUUCUUCUCUGCUAUUGGAUUUCCUUGUAACUACUACCGUCUAUGUUGCAUAGAAAAUGGCCCUUGGGCAUUGCCCGUGUUUCGAUUGCUUUAAA